AUGGCGGCCUCCGCCACCACCGACGGUCCACCCUUCCCCAUCUACAUCUCAUCCGACGAGGACGAGGACGUAGCAGUCCUUGGCUCCUCCAGCAGCCCCGAGGAGAUCCAGAUCCAGCAGGCCAUCCUCCUCUCCAUCGGCCUCUCGCUUGACACGACCGGCAUCCCCUCCUCCUCGGCCUCCCUCUCCGGAACCGACGUCGCCAUGCGCAAAGGCAAGCGUAAACUACGAUCGGAGUCGCCACAUGAAGUCAUAGAUAUAGAUGAUAAUGAUAGGCAAGAAGUCAUCGAUGUAGACGACGAUGACAGCCUGAUCUUCAUCAAAGAGACGGGCAGCGGGAAGUCGAGAAAACCACGUAACGGCGGCCUGUUGGAGGUCGGCGAAGGUUCCCACAGCGCCACGAUCAUGAAAGAGUUCUACUGCACAAUCUGCAUGGAGACGCUCCCCGGCGUCGAGCGCUUCCCCGUCGCCGGGUGCGCGCACGCCUUCUGCGCGGGCUGCGUGAGGCAGUACAUCGCGGCGAGGGUCGAGGAAAACCUGCUGUCCAUGGGCUGCCCCGAUCCGGGCUGCAAUGGCGGCGUGCUGCACCCGGAGGAAUGCCGGGACAUCGUCCCGCCUCAGCUGUUCCAGCGCUGGGGCGCCGCGCUCUGCGAGCUGGCGCUCGGGGAACUCAAGUUCUACUGCCCCUUCAAGGACUGCUCGGCGCUGCUGAUCGACGACGACCCCGGGCCCGGCGACGGCGGCGCGGAGGCGCUCACGAACGUGGAGUGCCCACACUGCAACCGCAUGUUCUGCGCGCAGUGCAAGGUGCCGUGGCACGACGGCGUGGACUGCGCCGAGUUCCAGCGGCUCGGGAAGGACGAGCGCGGGCGGGAGGACCUGCUGCUGAGGAAGGUCGCGCAGGAGAGGAGGUGGCAGAGGUGCCCCCGGUGCAAGAUGUACGUGGAAAGGGUGGCCGGCUGCCAGCACAUGAGCUGCAGGUGCGGGCACUCCUUCUGCUACCUUUGCGGCGGCUCCACGAGGAGCGGUGGACAUCGUUGCAAAGGCAGGCGUACUGCUUACUGA